CUGAACGCCGAAGAGUUCGAAAAGCAAGCUGAUGCGAAAAAAGAGGAGAUUGGAGUUAUUGAGGGAGAGUUACGAGAAGUAGAAGCGGUUCUUGAACAGCAACAAGCUGAUCUGACGAAUGCUGAAGACGCAAAAAAACUGCGCCACUUGGAAGCUUUUUCCAAGCUUGAAGAAGGCGUAGCAGCAGAACUAACCAAGAUUGAGGCAUGCGAGGAAGAGAAACGAGAAUGCAAGGAAUCAUUUGGUGAAACCCUUACUGAGUAUGAAGAAAAGCGAAAAUCACUUGAUGCUGAAAUCAAAGAAAUGAAGAAGAAGGAAGCAGCUCUUAUCAAAUGGGAAAAUGAUAUAGGUUCGAAGGAACAAGCAUUUAAAACCGCUGAGGAAGUAAGUGUUAUUAUCUUUGCACUUAUAUGA